CCAUGUAGGAGGGAGUCGAAAACCAUAGUAACUCCUCCACCAACUACUUUGAUAGCAAUCCAGAGGUGGCUCUGCUAGGCAUUAGACCGGGUAAAACACAUAAUACCGUAUCUAUCACCAAGCUUUAAAAUGAGCAGUGUAGUCCAGAAUCCUUACAUCGGCCGAACGCCCACAACGCGGAUGCCCAAGCCCGGGGGCAGUGCAGGUGUGCCACCUGGGAGCCGGGACGGCAGUGGCAUAUGUCGAAGCAGCAGCAUCUGCAGUGGGAAUAGUGGAUCUGGAGGCAAGAUACUGUCCCUGUCAUCGAUGAGUGAGAGUGUGCACAGUGGCCUGAGUUGUUUCUUGUCUGAGCAAGCCCUGGAGCAUGAAGAAAAGCAACAGCGCAGUAGCCAGUUAGCAGAGUUUCAGCGACUGAGAGAGGUUCGUGCAGCUGCUCAGAUAAAAAAUCUGGAGGAUUUUCUUAGAAUGAACCAUGUUUCACUAAGGGACAGCAUGGCGUAUUCAACUGGAAUGAUAUACAGAAAUCUUGGUAAAUCGGGGCUGAGGGUGUCUUGUCUUGGAUUAGGCACGUGGGUCACCUUUGGAGGCCAGAUAACGGAUAAGGUGGCAGAGGAAUUGAUGACUUUGGCAUAUGAAAACGGGAUCAAUUUGUUCGACACAGCUGAAGUGUACACUGCCGGACAGUGAGGCCGAAGUGUCUUGGGAAGUAUCAUAAAGAAGAAAGGAUGGAGACGUUCCAGUUUAGUCAUCACCACCAAAAUCUUCUGGGGCGGAGAAGCAGAAAUGGAAAGAGGAUUGUCACGAAAACAUAUAAUCGAAGGUCUAAAGGCAUCACUAGAGCGACUUCAACUGGAGUACAUAGACGUGGUGUUCGCUAAUCGGCCAGAUCCUAACACACCUAUUGAAGAGACGGUGAGAGCAAUGACCCAUGUGAUCAACCAGGGGAUGGCCAUGUAUUGGGGGACAUCCAGAUGGACCUCUGUGGAGAUCAUGGAGGCAUACUCAGUGGCUCGACAGUUCAAUCAGAUCCCACCCAUCUGUGAACAAGCAGAGUACCACAUGUUCCAGAGGGAGAAGGUUGAAGUGCAACUUCCUGAACUCUUCAAUAAGAUUGGCAUUGGAGCUAUGGCAUGGUCUCCAUUGGCUUGUGGGAUCCUCUCAGGGAAGUAUAACAAUGGGAUCCCCUCUCAUUCACGUGCCUCACUUAAGGGUUAUCAGUGGAUGAAGGACAAGGUCACGAGUGAGGAGGGGCACCGUCAGCAAGUGAAGCUGAAAGAGUUGCAGAUAGUUGCUCAGAGACUAGGAUGCACUCUGCCCCAACUGGCUAUUGCAUGGUGCCUGAGAAACGAGGGAGUGAACUCUGUCCUGCUGGGAGCUACCAGAACUGACCAACUAAUGGAAAAUAUCAGAGCAAUCAAGGUUCUUCCAAAGUUAUCACAGUCCAUUGUGAUUGAGGUGGAUAACCUCUUAGGAAACAAGCCGCUGAGUAAAAAGGACCCCAGAUCCUGAAAGCACCCGCUAUACUGAUAAAUGACCAAUUGUGGGCAACGUAUAGUCUGACAAAUAAUGAAAUAAAUAGACCAAAAAUGUAAGAUUACUCUAUUCACUAAUUCAAUGCAUGAUUGACUUUCCUGUUCACGUCUGCACUUAUUGCCACUUAAUGCAUAAGGUCUACCAUAUGCAAAAUAUUUUUCAAAUACCCUAAAUAUCAACUUAAAGAAAACAAAAUGAACUCUUGCUGAGUAUUUGCUCAGCAUGUAGCAGAGGGUCUAAGACCUGUUAACCUACUGAACAACUCGCGCUUUCAGCAUAACAAUGACUUGUAUGUUGAAGCCCCAGAUACCAGUUCAUGCUGGUAUCUGGAUUUAUUUAUAAUCACAGUCCUUUUCCAAAGACUACUUUUUGUUUUAGUCAGUUUUGCCAUUUGAUUUAAUCUAAUUAGUCUAGUGAAGGUAAAUUACUAGUUAGUCUAACUAGUAAUUAAUGCUUGAUUUGAUGUGAAUUUAUUAAAUUCCUUUUAAUACUUUUUGGUGGUGGCUAGGAAUUAUUAGAUAAUAAUGUAAUUUGUGUUUUUCAAAAUCAAUAUUAAAGAAGUUUAAACUGGUA